AAGCAAAACGAUCAGUUGAGUUUUAUGAGUCGAGUGGAUAUCAAGUGCGUUCUCUCUCAUUACUAAGUCCAGGAAUCAUUAAUAAUAUCUUAAUUAGAAAAAAAAAAAACAUUAAAGCAAAAAUUAAAUAUCACAAAAUUAUUAUCAAAGUAUUUAUAAACAAUAAUAAAAAAAUCGUUUAAAGAAAAAGGAUUUUCUUAAAACCAAAGUGUACAAUAAAAUUAAUUUUUAUUAAAAAAAAAAAAAAGAGAAAAAAAAAAAUUCUUUUUUUUAUAAUAUCUUAAAAGAAAACCUUUAGCAAUAUGAGAGAAAUUGUUCACUUGCAAGCCGGUCAAUGCGGUAAUCAAAUUGGUGCUAAGUUUUGGGAGAUCAUUUCCGAAGAGCAUGGUAUUGACAGCAAUGGUAUCUAUAAUGGUGAUAGUGAUUUACAAUUAGAACGUGUCAGUGUCUACUAUAACGAAGCAUCAGCUGUUACACGUUCCUCUGGUGGUAAAUAUGUGCCACGUGCCAUUCUUUUGGACUUAGAGCCGGGCACUAUGGAAGCGGUACGCUCUGGUCCCUAUGGUCAAUUGUUUCGGCCAGAUAAUUUUGUUUUCGGCCAAUCAGGAGCCGGCAAUAAUUGGGCCAAGGGCCAUUAUACCGAAGGUGCUGAACUGGUAGAUAAUGUAUUGGACGUAGUGCGCAAGGAAUGCGAAAAUUGUGACUGCCUGCAAGGUUUCCAAUUGACGCAUUCUUUAGGUGGUGGCACUGGUUCCGGUAUGGGUACCCUGUUAAUUUCGAAAAUACGUGAAGAAUAUCCUGAUCGUAUAAUGAACACCUAUUCGGUAGUGCCUUCGCCUAAAGUCUCAGAUACGGUGGUUGAACCGUAUAAUGCCACUUUGUCAAUUCAUCAAUUGGUGGAGAAUACGGAUGAAACCUAUUGUAUUGAUAAUGAGGCUUUAUAUGAUAUUUGUUUCCGUACACUUAAGGUUUCUAAUCCCAGCUAUGGAGACUUAAAUCAUUUGGUUUCUCUAACCAUGUCCGGAGUAACUACAUGUUUGCGUUUCCCUGGUCAGUUAAAUGCCGAUUUACGUAAAUUGGCCGUUAACAUGGUACCGUUUCCACGUUUACACUUUUUCAUGCCCGGUUUUGCUCCGCUCACUUCUCGAGGCUCUCAACAAUAUCGAGCUUUAACCGUACCAGAAUUAACUCAACAAAUGUUUGACGCCAAGAAUAUGAUGGCCGCCUGUGAUCCGCGUCAUGGCCGUUAUCUUACGGUAGCGGCCGUAUUUCGUGGUCGCAUGUCUAUGAAGGAGGUAGACGAACAAAUGUUGGCCGUACAAAACAAGAAUAGCUCAUAUUUCGUUGAAUGGAUACCGAAUAAUGUUAAGACUGCCGUGUGUGAUAUACCGCCCAAGGGUUUGAAAAUGUCAUCCACUUUUAUUGGCAACACCACAGCCAUACAGGAACUGUUUAAACGCAUUUCGGAACAAUUCUCGGCUAUGUUUAGACGCAAAGCUUUCUUGCAUUGGUACACGGGCGAAGGUAUGGACGAAAUGGAAUUCACUGAGGCCGAAAGCAAUAUGAACGAUUUGGUUUCGGAAUAUCAGCAAUAUCAAGAAGCUACAGCUGAUGAUGAAUUUGAUCCCGAAGUGCAUCAAGAAGAAGUUGAAGGCGAUUGUAUUUAAUUAUCGCACCAGAAGAAUGUUGCGGAGCAUGCAUUGAAGUUGAGACUUUUACCAAGAACGAAGGAUGGCUGCCGAUUAUGCUCAGGAAGGGGAAGGAGAAAUACGCCAUCUUUUGCAUAAACUAAAAUGUCUUCUUUAGUCUACUAGAUGAUAAAGUCUCUUACUCUUUAGCACUCCCACACAUAUGCAGUCACACACAAGAAUCACGAGGACACUUAAAGAUAGCAUUAUAAAAUUUCACUUUUACUCACACUUUUAUCAAAGUCCAAAAUAACGAAAUUAUUUAUAAAAAAAUAAUAAUAGUAAUAAUAAUGAUAAUAAUAAUAAUAAUAAUAAUAGAUGACGAUAUUAAAGGAUUCAUUAUUGCGAUUUAUAUAAAACAUAAAUGAUUUAUAAUUAUAUUCGAAAGUAAACUUAAACGAUUACUUUUAAGACGAUUAACACGUUUUCACGCACAUUUCACUACAUUAUCGAAACGUCCACUCAUGCAAACACGUUAUACAUAACUCUCCUCCAAGCAAUCUCACAGCAUUUCUUUGUCUAUCUCUUUAAAGCUUUAAUUCAUUGCUCAUUAUGCCUCAGUCUCAUUCAUUCAUUUAGUUCAUCAAAGCAUAUCUUUUUCUCAUUUUCUUCAAUUAAGAUUGAGUCCCAUCAAGUAUUGUCUUUAAACCAUAUAAGGAAGGAAAUUUGUACAGAUUUGCAUUUGCAUUAAUGAAAAAAA